AUGGCGACAGUGACGCUUGGUACCAAGCUCGCGCCGUUCACGCCGAGCGGUGACGGAGUGCUGGACCAUGCGCUCGAUCUACUGGCACUCUCGACUGACGACGUGCUGUUCGAUCUGGGCUGUGGUGACGCACGGAUACUGGUGCACGCUGCAGAGAAGACUGGCGCUAGGUGCAUCGGAGUGGAAUACGAUGAGGACCUGGUGAAGCGAGCACGGACGCGCCAUGGAAUGGAGAUGUUGGUGGAAAUUCAGCAUGAAGAUGCAUUGGCUGUGGAUCUCACGCUGGCAACAGCGUUAUUCCUGUAUCUUGUUCCGCAAGGGAUUAAAAUGCUCCUGCCGAAGCUAGAAGAAGCUCGAAGACUGCAUGUGCGCAUUGUGACGUACGUGUUUUCAAUCCCAGGCUGGAAACCGGACGACCAGCGCACCUACAAGGGCACCAAAGUAUGCUUCGCUUGACAAGAGAUGAAUCUCUUGCUGGAGCUCACGUUUCAUCUUUUCCUGUCAGAUUUAUCUGUACAAUUCACCUGCAACCGCCCUCCAACAGUGAUUCAUUCUGUAUCUACACCACAAACACUCCAAGUUAUCCUACAACCAAGAUCUAUCAGACAGUUUCCAAGCCAUAGUGUACACCAUCGACCGAUUCCUUCAUUUUG